UCGAUGCCAUUCGGCAAUGGCCUCUUUUAAAAGGAACUGGGUUUAAAGUUAGAACGAGCUUGCUUCCAAUGGCAUUUUCGUUUGUGUCAAUCCGGUUUUAAUGAGUCAAAUUAAUGAUCUAAAUGUCGACAAGAGAAUAUGCUGAGUUGCCAUGGAUACUCGAGCAGUCAUUUGUUUUCUACCAGUUUUAGCAGACAGCCAAAAACCAGAAGCUGUCAGGGAUGUCAAGGUAACUGCUUGAUUCGCUAGUGAUUUGGCGUUAAGGAUGCUGAUUGAUGGACGUGAAUUACCAAAAGGGUUUCUCUUUAAUUACAUCUGCUGUAUCAUGACUGGAGCUUCUGAUCUCGCUUUCAUUGCAAGAGAUGCAAAUUACCUCUUGGUUGGCCACCCUGUGUGGCAACCACGUUGUCAUAGGCACUGCACUAGUUUAAAUGAAGUUUCUGUCCCCGAGAUCGAUGGAUGUUAUUGCAAAGGCUAAACAGCUGACGAAAUGGCCGUCUACCAUGCAGUUGGAACUCGGAAGUAUAAAUAAGUGGGUAGAUCACUGAUGCAGAUGCAUGACAAGAACUGCAGAACGGUAGAGUUCAUAAUGGAAGUCGGAAGGAUGUGCUCUGGCCUGGUUGUCAUCUCUGAAGAAGACAGAACAGAGGAACAAGAAGAAAUUAUCGACGAACUGGCCGUCCGGUAUGGCCGCCCACUGACAUUGCUACGCAGCCACCAUGGUGAAGUGCAGCUUUUCGAUGAAAUUACGGAUAAAGAAACGAUUUGCAACAACGUCGUUGUAUUGUUGCAAAACAUUGAAGCAUUUUCGCUUAUUUACGAACACAUCCAGCAGCACUACUAUUUCGGAGACGUCAUUUUAGUGACGUCGUCGAAUUCUUCUAAGAUUGGAGACAAACUAUUACAAGAUAUCCGCAGCGAGAGGUUUUAUUUGUUGAUUGAACGGGGCCAACGUCUCGUGGAGAUCCACAAAUGGAUGGUGAGUGACCAGCUUCAAAUAGACUACGUAUUGAAAAAUAGCAGUCUGAGCAAGGACAAAUUGUCUGCGGAACGCAAAAUGCUGAUGGGCAGAUACUUGACAAUAGCAACGCUAGACUUUCCGCCCAUCGUUUUCGCAAAGACGAAUGAAAGUGGCAAAGUCAUUGCUUCAGGAAUUGAACCAUCAAUAGUCGCCAUACUUGCAGACAAACUUAAUUUUAAAGUCAACUAUAUUCUGCCAGUUAACGACGAAAUGUGGGGCACUUUGGUUUUUAAUGGACCGGAUAGCGUCACUGUCACGGGCUUACUAGGUUUCUUGCACCGCAAAGAAGCCGACGUGUCUUACGGAGAUCUGCACAUCCAGCAACGAUUGCUGCCCUACGUCGAUUUCACACGAGCCUUUAGGAAUAAUUACGAGUGUUUUCUUGUACCAGCUCCUCGCCCCUAUGCUAAAUGGACUGCACUCUACCAUCCCUUUUCUCCGGCCAUUUGGGCUGUAACUGGAUUGGUUUGUAUUUUCGCCGUCACGACGCUUCGACUCUUAGCCAAAUGGUCAUCGUGGCGUGCAAAUGAAGAUCGAUUUUUCUCCGACACUACGGUUUGCUUCCUCUUCAUUUUAGGCAACAUGUUGUCUGUUCAACAGCCACAAGAAAUCCGUAUGCCGGCCAAUCGAUUGUUUCUCAUCUGGUGGCUAUUGGCAGCUGCUACUGUAAUUCCAACUGUGUAUCGGUCGGGUCUUAUUUCUUACAUCACCUUCCCUUACACUCCUGCUCCAAUUGACACGAUUCAGCAACUCGUCGAUAGUCCUCUGAAAAAAAUUAGUUGGGGAGAUUAUUUCAAGACGAGUCUGUUGAACUCAAACGAUCCCCUUCAUCGUAAACUUGGCGUUCAAUUUGCCAUAGCUACCAAUCUGACUCAAAUGUUUUCAUUGCUGGAGACUGGUUCAUGGGCUGUUAUGUCGAACCAGGGAAACCUCCGUUAUCAGGCGGCUACUUUAUUCCCUCCGACUAGUGAUGGUCGUCGUGUACACCUAGUGAGAGAAUGCGUAUUCCCCACACGUUCGGCCUUUGGACUCCAAAAAGGUUCUUCGCUGAAGCCAUACUUUGACAAGGAAAUUUAUCGUCUUGUCGAAGCUGGAAUUGUUGAACAUAUUUCGUCACAAUUUGCCAAAAAACAAACAUCACGAGACCCUACCAAAUCCAGAAAGCUAGCCGCUUACUCGUUGGAUAAUUUGCAAGGGGCUUUCUAUUUGUUGGGACUGGGCAUUGCUCUUUCUUUUGUAAUCUUUUUGUCUGAGGUAAUUUUUGGCUACCGUAAACGCAAAUUUUACGUAGCCAAAUAAUCGUGUACUGCCACGUUUAUCUAAUGGGGUACAAACACAGCUGCUAAGGAUUAAAGUACUACACAGCUGGUCUCGUAAACAAUUAGUUUACGUUUAUAUUGAAACUAUUUUCGACAUACCCGUUGAUUGUGUACGGUAGUUUUUAUUUGAUUCAGUGCAUUUACAUAAAAAAUACUGAAUGGUUUAAGUGAGAUG